AUGGUCGCCAAGCCAGCCGUCAAGAAGACCACCAAGGGCCUUCGCAAGAAGAAGCAGACCCUCAAGUUCAACAUCGAGUGCAAGAACCCCGUCGAAGAUGGCAUCCUGAAAGUCAAUGACUUUGAGAGCUUCCUGAAGGACAAGAUCAAAGUCGACGGCAAGACCGGCCAGCUCGAGAGCAGCGGAGUCAAGGUUGAUGUAAUCAAGUCACGCAUCGUCAUCACUUCCGAUGGCCCCUUCUCGAAGAGGUACCUGAAAUACCUCGCCAAGAAAUACCUGAAGAGGAACUCUCUGCGUGACUGGCUCCGAAUUGUCGCCUCGACCAAGGACACCUACGAGCUCCGCUACUUCCACAUCAACCAGGACGACGAGGAUGCCUCCGACAACGAGAGC